AUGAGCCCUGCAGACGGAUUCUCACAACAUCAGUACGAAAUGUAUAGUGAUAGUGAAUGUACACAUAAUUCUCGUUCAAUUUAUUCUCAUCGUACGCAGCCAAGCCAACCAUCAACAACGACUUAUACAAUUCAAGAUGUUUUGAAUAAUCCUGAUACUUUAACAUUAUUAAUUAAAUAUUUAACGUCCUAUGGUAAACGUUCAUUAGGUGAAUUUUGUGCUGUUGUUAUCGGUCUCAGAGAACAACAAGAAGAACAACAACCGAUAAUUCGAGAUAUUGUACGAGCUGCUUAUAAACAAUAUAUUGAAAAUUUUGAACAAUCAUCAUAUUGGCUAUUAGAUUCUACGCGUGAACAACUCUAUCGUGAAUACAAACGCGGUAAUUAUAAUCAAUAUAUAUUCGAUCAAGCCUAUGUUGAUGCCAUUUCAUAUAUUCAACAAAAUUUCUUUUCCAAUUUUUUAUCAUCAAACUUAUGGACACAAUAUUUGAAACAACAACAACAAUCUCAAAAAUCUUCAUCAGUAAUAACAUUGGCCUGUCUUGAUGAUUUAAAAAACGUCAAUAAUCGUUAUUAUAAAAACAUUAAAUUAGAAAAAUCGGCAACAUCGACAAAAAUAAGAAAUAACCAGAAUGUUGAUGGAACAACGACAAAAAAAACACCAAAAAAAUUAAAUUUAUCAUUAUCAGCAGUAAAUACAAAAUUGAAACAACAGUAUACAAAUGGUAGUAAUGGAAAUGGUGUUAACAAACCUCGUGAACUAUCGUUUGAUGCAAGCAAAACAAUUCAUAUGGGUUCAUCAUCGUAUGCGGAUGAUGUGGACAUGAAAACCGUCGUAGCUCAAGUAAAAACACCAUUAGCAUGUUUUAUACCUGGUUCAGAUGUUCCAUUUAUGGUUUAUUUGCCUAUUCCCGUGUCACAAGUAACGUUAAAAGAUGUUAAACCUCGAAUAAAUCAAUUGGCUAGUACAAAACUGCCGCCGUCACAUUCUAAAAUACAAUGUCAUUAUUAUUUUAAACGUCGCGUUCAAGAUAGUGAAUUGUGGUUAGAUGAUAAUAAAACACAAUUUAUUUAUGAAGAAAUUGAACAUGAUCUAACGAUAGUACCAAAUUUAGACGGUACAAUCGUGGCGAAAUUAGAUUAUUAA